AUGGCGAGGAGGUCUUCGUGGUUUGCGGUAGCCCUCGUGUUGGCUCUGCUAUUUGUCACGAGUCACUGCUUGCGUGGACCUGCCACUCGUGAUGAAAUUCGAGAUACGACUGUACGAAGCCGUGGAGUUUCUCGAUUCAGUACCAAGGCCGCAAAAGGACUCGAGACCACCCCCGAGCCUUUCACCAGUACAUCUAGGUCAACACGUCGAGGUACCAAAAUAACGAAUCGUGCAAACACGUCUAUUUAUCAGCGAUCGAAUGAUCCGAAGAUUGAAACAACUGAAAAAAAUACUCCAGUUUCUAAAACAGUUACGCAAUAUUUAGGGAGACGUCAGACGCCGAGAAGUGAAGUUAAUCGCGACGAUUUGACUAGAGCUGCUAGUGAGGAUCGACGAUAUUUGCCAGAGCCUACUGCUAAUAGAAAUAGUAAUUAUAGGAAUAAUAAUAAUAGAGAUGAAGAAAUAAAUCUUAAAGCUCCUGAUGUUUCUCGUACAAACAGUAGAAGUCAACGAAAUUUUCCCUCCCGAAAGUCGCGAACUGAAUUUCAGAGACGAAGUGAAUCCGUUGAUCCAGUUGAGUUAAUUGAUGACGUUACUGAAAAGUCUAGAUUCAGAAGUGGAAGAAAAAUCCAGACGACGCCUACGGAAAAUUUUAAAGAGUCUAGUAGAUUUUCUUCAAGAGUUUCUUCACGAACUGUUGAAAGUUCGUCAACGUCAUCAGAACGACCUGAUAGAGUAAUCAAAAGUGACGUAAGACGUAGUACUGAAAGAAAUUUAAGAAGACACGAUAGUGAUUUAUCGAAUUCGAAUCAAGUUAAUGUCGGAGUUUCUUUUUCAACUGAAGGCUCAACUGCUCCGAGUGUUCCUUCGAGAAGUAGAAAAGCUCUAGGAAGAUCUCGAAAUGUCGCGACCGAUAAAAGUGAUAGUUCUUUAACUUCUGCCCGUGGUAGUAGAAGAAUUUCUUCGAAGGCAGUCGAUAGAAUUGACGGUAAUUCACUUGAUGAAUCUGCGGAAUCGAGUACGAAGCGUAACCCAGAAGAAACUAAAUCUCGAAAGUCUUUAAAAAGUUCAGAAUCGACUUCCGCACAUGUUACGUCAAGCAGACGAAGUCGCGGGCGAAGUUUAGAGCCGAGAAGUGAAACGUCUGAAAAGUUUAAAAUCGAAGCUCGGUCUCGAGAUAUUGCGUCAGAUAAAAAUAAAUUAGAUCGACGCGGAAGAGUACCCGAUAAAAUAAAACUUGUGAAAUCAAAUAAUCUCGGUACUGGGUCACCGAGAUCUCGUUCUAGAUCACAAACUAAACAAUCUGUUUUAUCAACAACAGAAUCUUCAACAGAGUUUGCUACUUCAACAACAUUACUCGAAGAAGCAACAACUUUAGUCCCUUCGACACUGCAACCAACAGAAUUUCCGAGCAAUCGUCGGGCAUCAAAAUCAGCGAUAAAAACUUUGCCAAAAGAAGAUUUUUUCAACCGCGGUCUGGGAUUUCGUGGUAGAAAAUUUGUCACGUCCUCACCGUCAACUGUACCUACAACUUCAACGACCCCAGCCAGUCCCAGUUCAACGCCUACAGCUCGCGUAACACCUCCAUGGACUCUUAAUCGACGUCCAUAUUUCAAAAAUAAUAAAACAGAACCAUCAGCCACAACCAGCAAUCCAACAACGCCACCAGCUACGACUAUCAGCAACGAAAUUUCCUCUGAUCCUCCGUCGACGACAACAAAUCCACGGCUCCGAGGGAAUAAAGUUUUUAACAAAGCUUCAGUUCUUCUAAAAGUCAACCGAGAGAUUGAGGAGAGCGAUAAUUAUCCCCUGGAAUUCAAGGCUAAACUUGCGCAAUUGAAAAAUAAUAGCGUGAAAGAAUCUGGGUCCGAGUCUUCUUCAAGGGUCAUCAAGGAUCUGACUAGCUCUCGUCAAACGCGCUCGAUCAAGCCCACAGACCCACUGGGCAAACAUACUGAUGUCAAUGAGUCUUCGGCAGGUAUUUCCUCGGCGAUCCUGGAAAGUUACGAGGCAAAUGAAGGUCCAAAGAAUCUAGAGGCAGGGAACCCGAGUUUCGUUGUGAGGUCAAGGGAAAAAUUGGCAAAUGCACGGCGACAGGUCAAGCCGGACUCAGAAUCUCAGGAGAAUUCAUCAACAUCAGCAGCUUCAGUUGACGUCAGCGAUUCAAAAAAACACCGCGCUCCUAAAAGAUACAGUAACUCAAGAUUAACAACAUCAUCAACAACUCCAGAAACAAUUGUUACUGUAACAGCUGCUAAAGUUGACGGAAGUUUUUCACGUACCAGCAAAAGCGUUGAACGAGGAAACACUAGAGUCGGAGAAACUACUCGAGUUCGACAGUAUCGUAAAGAAGUAACGCCUACAACUAAACCAGUUAUUUACAGUAAAGUAGAGACAGUAACUGAAAAUAUAAAAGCAUUUAUUAAAUCAACUCCUACUGUACGUAACAACGAUUCAAUAGCAACGACAGAGAAACCAUCGACUACAACCAAACGAUCACGAGCAUGGAAUGCUGUUCACAUUGAUAAGAAUUGGCAGGAACCAACAACAAAGUCAACAAGUGCUGAUAAAAUAACCACAGAAAAUCCUAUCAGUUCUUCAUCGAAACCAACUCAAAGACCCAGACACUGGAAUGGCGCUUAUAUUGAUAAAAAUUGGCAAGAACCAACUUACAAGUCGACUAACGCAGAAAAAACCACGCAAAGUUCUAUUAGUUCUUCAUUGAAAGCAACCAAAAGACCCAGGCACUGGAAUGCCGCUCACGCUGAUAAAAAUUGGCAAGAACCAACCAGAAAACCUGACAAUAAUACUGAGAUCACAGCUUCAACUUCGUCGAAUAAAUUUGAAAAGAAAGCUAACAAAUAUUCGGUGGGUUCUAGUACUGAAAAAUUUCAGCCGACAACGGAAAAGUCUUUGAAAGUCGAGGAUAAAUUACGGAGACGUGAUUUUCGAUCGAGAACAGCAACAUACCGCCGUCAUCUUGUGUCACCUGUGUCAAUCAAUUCGCAAGAGAUAACUAGAGAUAUCAAGACGUCUGAAGAAUGGAAAGCUGAAGUUAAUAAACGCGAGAAAAUUCAAAUAGUCAAACCAGAGCCGGUAGAAAAGAAAGAGCCCGCGAGUGUUGCCAUAACACCGCGAUACCACGCGUCGAUUAAAACUGAGAACACGACACAGCGGUCGGUAAAACAAGAACCCGCGUUGAGUUUAAAACUUUCAAAUACAACCGAGAGUAAAAUUGAAUCUGAAGGAUCACUUAACUCGACUGGUAUAUCCUCGAUAAGUCGAGGCAGCAGCGGUAAUUCUGAUUCCAAUAUAUUUAAUCCGACCAAGAGCACUUAUUUGAUCAGCUCUAAUAUUAGUUUGUUAGAGCAGCUUAGAAGUACUGUAGCACCGUUGUUGAGUGUUUUGGGAGCUAAAACUCCAGAGUUUGCUGCUGCUUACAGCAAUGUUAACAACGCGAGUUUAUCAGUUCCCAGAGUGACACCAAGUGGUUCUCCUCCGAGAUUUAGCGCGAAAUACCGCGGAGUUGAAUUCUUUGUUCGGAAACCUAGUGGUACUAAUUCAACGGGAGAUACUUCAACUACUCCACUUUUAGAUAAUCAGGCCGAGAAGCCAUCGAUACCGGUCUCGAUUUCGAGCCCGGGCGAGCCCAAAGUACUAACUUAUUACCAAGCCCUGGAGACAGUCAACAUAAAUAAUGAAAUAGACCAGCAUCUAGGUGGAGUUGGCAAGGUAGAUGCCAACGCGAUCGUCACUGAUAAAUUCUCUAACGAUUCGAAUAACGCUUAUAACUUUACUACUGAAACAAUAGUGACGACCGUAGAGCCAGUAGUUACUAUUAUUAAGGAUGAUAAUAACAAUGAUAGUGAUAAUGAUAACGAUAAUUUAACAGUGGUAAUGGAUUCCCCAUCUUUAGAUACAACAACUCAGCCAGAAAUAACCACGAGUACUUAUACAACUACCAGUAGUUCUACCACUAGCACACAGGCCAUGGAUAUCAGCACGAGUCCUCCUGAGACCACUGAGAUAAACCCGAGCCCUUUUAACCCUGAGUUUAUUAAUAAUUCUAGCACUGAAGGAAUUCCUGACCCCUUUAAUACUACGCCGAUUCUCGUAACUUCAACAAACGAUAAUUUAAUUACCACUGAAAUGAAUACCGAAGUUAGUAUGACUUCUGAAGCAGAUGUAAUUACGACUACCCAAGAGGUUCUUUCAACUUCUGAUGAAACUUCAACGGUAUCUACUAGCACGCAAGUGGCUAUGGAAAUUAUCAUGGCGAGUUUGGAAAAUAGUACUUCAGUUACAGAAAGUACUACAGCUUUAGUUACAGAAAGUACUACAGCUUUAGUUACAGAAAGUACUACAGCUUCAGUUACAGAAAGUACUACAGCUACGUCAGAAACAAUGUCAACGACUUUUUCAACAACCGAUGCGUCAAUUUAUACGACAGAACCUGCGGAAACCACUUCAACAACUGAAAUAAUUACUAAUGCUCUAGAUACUGCUAAAGUAUUACCCGAUUCACUGGAAGUUAGAUCGCAGUUGGGCGAAACACUCAGUACCGAGAGUGCGGUAACAAUGGACCAAACUUCGAUGGCAACCACCGAAAUUUCCAGUUCCAGCGAAUCGUUUGAAAUUGACCAAACGACGUCUACAGUUGAAACUACAUUAUCCUCAAAUGAUUUCAAUGAAACAUCCGAAGAAACGGUGACUGAUGCUCCUGAUUCAAUAAACGACGAAUUACUGUCGUUAAUGAUGAAACGACUGAUGGAAAUUUUCUCAUUAGACGAAAAAACAACACUUUUGAAAGACAUAUCCAAAACAAGUAAUGACACUGACCCACGAAUGUUAGGCGGGUUUAUAGACAAUAGAAAUUUAACAGACAUUGAUAAUGAUGUAGGAGUUACCGAAAAUUUAGUAGAAGGCUCGACCACAAUUUUAGAUAAUUUAAUUGAAAAUAGUUCACCCACUGUACAAAGCCCCGAGUUAUCAAACGAAAUCUUUACUACGGUAGAACCACAAACUACUCAAUCGAGUACUCAAACAGAUUCUGUAAAUAAUAAAGCUACGACAAUGUCAAAUUUAGAAAUAGUAACAUCAAACCCUCAGCAGGAAAUUAAUGAAGUAGAUAUGACACUAACUAGCACGACAUAUUCAUCAACUGACGUUACUACUAAUAAUGAUAUUAAUAAUAAUAAUAAUAACAAUAACAAUAACAAUGUAAUGACUAAUCUUAACUCAGAAAUAACUACAACAGUAGCUUACUCAGAAUUAGCUGACGAUACUAAUGUAACGACUAACUUAAAUUACGAAAUAAUAACUACAACAUUAGAACCAGAAGUAAUAAAACCAACUCCUAACAUAGAAACAUUAGAUAUUGUAUCAACUAGUCCAGGGGAUAGUGAAGUAACGACUAAUCCAUCAACAACCAUCACAACAACCCGUGCCCCUGAAACCACUACCGUCGGCACGGAGGAUCCUAAUUCUGUUACGACUUUACAGGACGAAAUCACAUCAACCGCCCAAACGACGGCAAGUUUUCAACAAUCUACAACUCAACUCCCUCCAUCAACAACUAGUUCUCCUUCUUCAUCAGAAUCAACAACUAGUUCUCCUUCUUCAUCAGAACUAACAACUAGUUCUCCUUCUUCAUCAGAAUCAAUAACAACAUCCAUCCCUUCUACAACAAAUCUUCCCUCAUCUACAGACUCUACUCUUCCAAUUCCUACCACAACUGACUCUCCUUCGACUGAAGAAUCUACAACUAUUCCUACCACCACCCAAUCAUUGACAUCACCAUCAUCAUCAUCAUCAUUACCAUCAUCAUCAACUAUGCAGACUACAACAACAGCUUUACCUGAGACAAUGACGACAGCAUCAUCAUCAGAAAUCCAGAGCACGAAUGCCAAUCCAACAGAAUCAAUGUCAAUAACAACUCCGUUAUCAACAACAACAACAACAACAACAUCUACCACACCACCAACAACUGCAUACGCCGGUCGUUUUGGAGGCUCCAGAAUGACUCCAGCACCUCGUUGGAGUUCAAGCUCAUCGACGAAAACUCCUCUGCGAGACUACCACGUCUACGGAAUCUAUCCGAACAAAACGAUCGUCCGAAAACGACCGGAGGAUAAUCUAAUAGACGCCCGAAACAUCGACAGCCCGUACGUCAUCUUUGGGAUAUAUCCAGACGGCAAGCUGGUGCGCAAGUUCCCGAAUGGAACGGUAAUACCGGACCCGCCGAGCAACCCGGUAGAAGUUGUCUUUUCGCUUAGCACAAGCACAACCACUAACAGGCCCACGCCCCAGACCCAGGUUCUACUUGAAAAUAAUAUAAAUAACAACCAGGCUAAUAUCGUUAAUCAGCAAAUGAAUAAUAACAAUGGUAGCGCCACCGCGAGCUCUAAUAAUCGCCCGGCAAACAUGACUCUACUCACCAAUAUUAGUGGAGACCAGAUGAAUGAUGGUUACCGUAGCCAGAUUAAUCUCGGACUAUCCGAUAAUUCUAUCAAUCCCAAUGGAGCUGAUGAAGACCCUAAUCAGUUUGCCGACCCUACUUUAAUGCCCAGCAUCAGUAACUUCAAUACCCAGCCCACCACUACGACAAUGAUAACAGACGCGUCGUCGCGAACAGCUGGACCACCUUUGGGCUUGACACCCUCGAGCGUAAAUUCGCAGGGUGGUCGUAUUAUUCAGGACAUUGAGAGGGACAAGGCCAGCAGGACUAAAGAGGCCGGAGGUCAACGCAGUACCGUGUACAUUGGACAGGAGAAGUUUAUCAACUACUGGACCAACGAUUCUCUCCCGUCAAAUAAUUCACGUAUCAGCGCAUCGAAUGAAGGUCCAGGUACCAGUUCACUGCCAUCACUGGAUAUUCUUACCAACAAUAAUAUUCAAGGGCAAGGUAUUGAUCAGGCAAAUUACCGGUGGAAAGAUCCCUUGGAUCAGAUCUUUGGUAUAACAACUAGACCAUCCGUUCCAUCUAACACUCAAGACGAGUCGAGAUCGGCGAUCACGGCGCGUCCCAUAAAUCCACUCUCGGAGGUCUUCACCCCCGUGUUGGACGCCAACCAGUUGGCUCGAGACACUUCGAUCACGAUCACUGAUGCAACUACCAAUACAAUCGCCAGCAGCACCAUCAGCAGUAGUACUUCUACUACUACAACAACACCAACAACUACUACUUCUACUACUACACCAACAACUACUACUACAACAACAACUCCAACAACUACUACUUCAACUACUACUACUACUACUACUACUACUACUGCUGCUCCAACAACAACAUCGUCGACAACACCGUCAACGACAACAACAACCACUACGACGACAAUACCCCCAACGUCUACUACAACCAGUAGACCAACGACCACCUCGACAACUACCACAUUCGCACCACCUACUUCUUCACCAGCAUCCUCAUCAUCACCACCACCGACGACCAACACAAUCAGCGAAUCAACACUGCCUCCAGUGACGACAAUAGACAUCCCUCGUCAAACGGCAUUCGGAACUACAUUUGACGACUUAGCUUUCCUUAACUCGCUGCUCCAAUCCCAUGACAAUUUAAAUUCAAUAGGCUCUACUCCAAAGACGUUGACCGAGGUCGAGCGGCAGUUAGCAAACAAGAUUUUAUCAUUAGCUCUUAGUAAAGCAGCCGGACCGACACGUUCACCCAAAGCCAUUCAACCAUCAAAUAUUUCCCCGAAUUCAUUGGACGCAUUUCCUCGGGCAAGUUUCGGUCACUCGUCGUCGCCGCCGAUAAUAAUCGAUUUACUGCAGCCGACAUCGAAAAAACCAGUAGCGAGAAUCACGACUUCAGAACCAUUCACUUGGAAACCGGUGACUGACGUCACUUCAACAACACCAACGAGCAAAACAACCAGUUCGAAACCUACCGUAUCAACUUCAAGCACUACCACUACCACAACUAGUACCAGUACCAGUACCAGUACAACAACUCCUCCGAGCACAACUACAACUACAAGUACCACCAGCACAUCAUCAACAACUGUAACACCUUCUACCCAAGUUACGUGGAAGCCAUUUCCAACGCAUCCACCUACUUUAAAAUCUGUAGAAAGUAUUCCUGUUACUAAAAAGCAAACUUAUGUAAAAACAACUACGGGAAAUUCAGUAAAUAGACCCAAGUCAACGACUCCGGCACCAUUGGGACUGGGUGCUAGUUUACUGCAGGCGAUAUUCGGACGAAAUAUCUUUGCCCCAGCAACAACGCAACGACCUGUAAUCAGAAGGCCCCCGCAGACUACCAAGAAACCUAUCGUGACAACAACCUCCAGACCGGUACAAAUCACGGAAUUAGUUAUUCCAACACCGGCUGUUCGGAAUCAAGUUCAAGCGGCUUCUCAGCAUGUGGAUGAUGUCAGAUUUUUAAAUUCUUUAUUAAAAGACGGCAAAAUCAGUUCGUCGACUUUUUCUCCAGAAGAUGACGCUAAAUUUUUACUCGGACUUUUAGACGAUACUCAAAAAAAUGCUAAAAAAGGCGUGAAGGGACCGAGUGUUCUUUCGCAAGAUGAUGAAACAUUUCUUCGAUCGAUUCUCAGUGGUCAGGCUAAAGUCCGUACGCCUUCCUCAGUUUCCGGGAAUUCAGGUUCCAAUAAUGCUGCGUUACUUGCUGAACUUUUGAAAGUCCAGGGUAUUGAACCAUCAACUCCCGUAAAUCGCCUGCAAGAACAACUUCAGGGUAUUAAAGUCACUCCAAUGCCAAUACAAUCUACGACUAGAGUUAUCGCGACAACAAAAAAAUCGGUAACCAGGCCAAGGCCUUCUGAUUGGCAGCCGAGUUCCACUUACCCGCCGCCUCUAUUUAGUAAUUUUAAUUUUGGAUUACCAAGGGGUGAAAGUGAUUAUGAUGAUAAUGGUUCUGGUGGGGGAGGAGUUAGGAAUCAAGUAUUGAAUGCUGCCAUUGGAGCUACCAGAGUUUUUAGUCAAUUUCUCGGUGCCGCAAUAACGGGAGCUGCACAUCAGUUGCAGUCUUUCGUGAGAAACAGUACUAAGUACGUCACAGGAGCCGUCGGCGGUUAGUCUGCAUCCUUAUCAUGGAAUCCGGCGCCAAUUGUGAAAUAAAAAAAAGUUUUUUUAAAAAUACAAUAAAUCAACGAAUCAAUUGGAUAUAAUCUGAUGAUUAUUUGUUACUACCGAGAUUACUCUACCGAGGCGUGAUCUUUUUAAUUUAACAUUAAAAUAAUAUGACUAUUUGUUUCUCGUUAGUUAAUUUUUAACAUUUAACCAGAUGACAAAUUACUUUUGUUUUUUAAGUUUAAUAUUUUUCGACGAUUUGCAAACGUUUCUAGGGUAAAAUUUCAUUUUUGAAAAAGUACUCGUGAAACAUUUGCAACGUCUUAAUAAAUAAAAUAUACAAAUAUUUUAUAUGAUAAAAAAAAACAUUUUUUGUACCUAAAAUUAUUAAAAAAAAAUUUAUUUAAUUUUA